CAAACGAAGUGAAGAGAUAUUUACGAGUGACAUCAAUGCAUUGACGCCAUUUUUAGUCGCAGCACUAAUAAUUCAUUCAUUGGCGUGACCUUCCCUUCUUCCCUAAUAUCCAUAUGAGUUGAGGUUAUCUUUCACAGACUAUAGUCACACUCUCAGAAAAAUGACUGAGAAGGUUGCUUAUGGCUCAUGGUCCACUGGUUUAUGUGACUGCUUCUCAGACUGCAGCUCUUGUUGUCUGACUUUUUGGUGCCCCUGUGUUAGCUUUGGAAGGGUGGCUGAGAUCCUGGACAAAGGGUCAACUUCCUGUUGUCUUCAUGGAUCACUGUUCUGUAUUCUUACUAUUUUCACUCAUGUGGGAGGCUGUAUCCAUUCGUGGGUGUAUCGUGCAAAAUUGAGGGAGGUGUAUGGGAUUGAGGGACAUCGUUGUAGUGAUUGUUUGGUCAGUUGUUUUUGUCCCCGUUUAUCCAUCUGCCAGGAGUAUCGUGAGCUCAAAGCCCGAGGAUUUCAAAUGUCUGCUGGUUGGGAUGGAAAUGUGCAAAUGCAAACGCGUGGCGUCACUUCAGCACCGGCGGUGGAAGGUGGCAUGAGCCAUUGAGUUAAUCGUCGCAUUCAAUUCUCUUAGUAGCACUGGACUAUUAGAGAUAUAGCAUCGUGUUUUUUGAACUGUUUAUCGUAUUCGAUAAUUUAUUACCUUGUCUAAUGUUUAAGAUCAUGAAAUCCUGUAUUUAUUACAUUAUAUA